AUGUUUUACAAGUCUAUUAUAAGGUCUCUGCUUGAUUUCGGUCUUAUACUCUAUGGACAAGCCUCAAGGACGGAACUUAAAAAGUUAGUGACAUUUAGCAACAAGUGUCUGCGACGCAUAAUUGGCGCCUUACCCAGUACCCCAAUAACUGCACUAUCAGCGGAAGUUUGCGAGCCCCCCCUCCCCGUGAGACUCUCCAAGCUAGCUGUGAACAAAAUAAUCAACCUACACCACUCAGGUAGUUUUCUAUUGGCAAAAAUCGCAGCUCUAACAGAGGCAUUUCUGACUGAGAAGCACUGGUUAAAGAAUAAUUCUCCCCCUAUUGUAAGCGCUUUCCUGGCUGUGACCCCAGACAUACACUCAGUUCACAAAAGUAACAUUUCCCCUACGUUAAAACUAGACUACCCCAGGGCCACCACUUCACUAACAACUAUUUAUUUAAGGGACUACUCCGAGUAUCCCCCACAAAUAGUGAACGAACUUUUCAUGGCAGAUAUUACUACGGCGGUACCAGGCUCCCAAUUAAUAUUCACCGAUGGAUCAUUACUAGAAGGACAAGUAGGCUGCGCUAUAUACGACCCCUCAGCCAAGGUGGAAAAAAUGUUUUCCCUUCCCAGUCAGGCAUCCAUUUUCACUGCCGAAAUGUACGCUCUUGUCUGCGCUCUGGAGUACAUUGCGACACUUAAGGGCACACGCUUCGCUGUUGUAUCAGACAGCAUGAGCUCCAUCAAGCAAUUAGAACGUUUCCACCCCAACUCAAAGUGCGACUAUCUAGUGACACGCAUUGUCAAUAUCGUUUGUACCUUACGGCAUCGCCACAUACAAACAGCUUUCUGUUGGUGUCGCGGACACUGUGGCAUAAAGGGUAAUGACAAAGUAGAUCAGUUAGCCAAACGAGCGACAACAGCCGGACAAUACCAGGACAUAAAACUGCCAAAGACAGAUGCGAAACGUACUUUAAACAAACGGCUAGUGGAGUGGCGCAACUGGUACAACAGCGGAACAGCGGGAAACUUUUACAAAUCGCUACACCCAGAAUUGCGCUCCAUCCCAUGGUUUGCAACAUCCAAAUUCGGAUGA